GGACUGCAGAUGUCUCUAUUAUGUUCAACAGCCAUUGGUCGCACGAUGGCAUAGAAUUUCAUACCAUAGAUGGGUAGUUUUUCGAAGUGAGGUUCUGUGCGACUUGUCGGAUGAAUCGCGAACGUACUGACCAUCGGCAAACCGUGAAAUAUAUCGAGUUUGUCGUUUUGCUUGAAACGGGGAACGAAACAUCCGUAAAGAUCGACCCGCGACGCGUUCUACGAUACUUGUACGAUUAGAAAUGUUCGAAUGUAUCGUCGCGUACCCUCUAUAUGGUAUCGUCGCGUCUGCCGCCGCCUGCACGUCGCUAUGUCGAGUCCGCGGGACGAGAUCAAGCGUCGUAUGAAUGAGAAAGCAUUUUUCGCAACGUCGUGGUCGCUGAGGGCACGGUACGCGUACGUGUCGUCGGUCGUCGGGUUAUUAGUGCUCGGUAGCGUGUAUACGCUCGGUGGCAUUGCACGGUCGGUGCACGGUGUAUAGUGUAUACGCAGCAUGAAUGGGAACGGAACGAUCUCGUAGCAGUAGCAGCUGAUCAUCGUCGUGUGUGCUGCUGAUCACUGACUUCUAGGAAGUUUCUAGCAAGAUGUCGUCGGGGGGUGUUUUGCGCGACGAGUCGACGACGGUAUGCAUCUGGACGAUAUGAAUCGCUCAUUGACGCGUACGUUUAUCGAAAUACGGCCUAUACCGAAAUCCUAAACGGUCGUAAUCAAUCGUUGAACAAUUCCGACGGUCCGCGACGCGCGAUAAAGAAUAAAAACGUCGGUCGCACGUACCAAGGAGGCUAGGACUAUUUACGAAAAUUGUGUCGGUGCGUGUAUCACUGCCAACGACUAAUAUUUGGAAUGUUGAUUUUUCUUCUAAUUACGGUAUAAACGUUUCGUCGGUACCACGGCGAGGAUAAUCAUCACCUUCUGGGGAUAAUUGAUCGGCAGAAAUAUUCGUGGUUAACAUUCGGUUAUUUGAAAUCGGGAUGGGAGCUAAAACAAGCACACUGACACAUUCUACUGGAGGCAAUGGACAAUCCUCUGCUGGAGCAAAUGAGCCUGCGAUCCACGGUUUCCUACGAUCGUUCCCCGGGGCCGUCGGCAUGCUGCAGCAACAUCAAGCAGCAACACAGUCGCAAACUUCCAGAGUCUCGGGGGACAGUAGGCAACGUGCUCGUUCCCUGAGUUCGGUGCCGGAUCUAUCGUCCAACGGCGAACAAAGCAGCCUCGCUUCUUCCGUCGGGGUCGGCCAGGCCCUCGGCCUUCCGCAGCUAGAUUCCGACGAUCCCGACGAUGAUAGCGGAAGAAGAUUUUACGCCGCGCACAGUUUACCGUCUCACAUCUGGUCCUUCAACGGUCUAAAGUGUUCGGUCUGCUCGAAAUUCAUUCUGCCAGACGAUGUGGAAUGCCACUUAGUUAUGUGUUUGACCAAACCACGUCUUAGUUACAAUGAAGACGUGCUGUCCGACGAAAAGGGUGAAUGCGUUAUCUGUCUCGAAGAGCUACAACCCGGCGAUGUGAUAGCUCGCUUACCUUGCCUCUGUAUAUACCAUAAAAAUUGUAUCGACAAAUGGUUUCAAGUGAAUCGCAGUUGUCCCGAGCAUCCUGGCGAUUGAUUCGUGCCGUUCAAGAUUGAACAGCCGCAGGAUGUAACUUGGUGACUCUAAAGACUCUCGCGGGUGACGAUGGAUAAAUCAUCGACGGAAGUGGGAGGGAACAUCGGAUGAAUAACAAACAAAAAAAGAAAAAAAUAUUGAGAAAAAAACGCUAGUCAAGAUGGCUGCUAGUCCACGCUGUGGUGGUUCGUGUAUGCGACGUUGUUCGACUGACAAUGGACAAGACAUACUCAUCACUUUGAAUAUGAAAAAGCAGACACUUAACUAAAUCCUCGAUUCGAAUUCAUACUUCCUCUAAGCGAAGGACUUAAACAAAGGAAAACAAAAUCGCCAUAAGAUUCAACGACACAAUCCUAUUACCUAUCGUAUCUGUAAUUAAUCUAUUAUAUCGCUCUAUAGCUUACUAUCGAUUGUACCAUAUUUAUAAAUUUUACUUAGUUUUAUAUUUUCAAUUAGGGUUCAACCAAGUAACCUGUUGCAUUAACUUUUGUUCUUCUUGGAAAUGGGAAUAUCGGAUGACGGUUUACGAGGUAGACCUGAAUCGUAAUAAUAAUAACAACAACAAU